UUGAGUAGAUGAAACAAAUUGUCCUUUUGAACAGAAGAUGGACAUCUUUUAAACACAGUAUAAAAAUAACCCUAUGGUUGUUAAUUUGUUCAUUUAAGAUUGGAAAACUUAAUUUAAAAUAGACUAAAAUAUUUUUAAUGUGCCUUCAUACUGGUAUAAAAUUAUGCAACAAGUACCUAAUCAUAAGGCAUAAUCAACAGUUUCCGUUAGUAACAAGCUCUGCACAGUUCAUUAAAGGGAAGUGAAAAGAGGAUGUGCAUACAAUAAACAGUCUGAGAUUUGCCUUCUGUUUCCUCUCAGCAUUAUUUACUGUAAAAUCACUGGAGUCUGCAUUUGAGAAACCAAAGAAAACCACUUCCGACUCUCUUAAUAAUCUGGAUUUUUAAAAACUUUUUCAUGGAUUUACAGAGCGUAGACAACUUCAGCUGCUAAUGAGACUGUACAACUAAAAGCUAUUAAAAUAUGAUGGACUGCAGCCUACCAACUAACUAAAUCAACAACAAUAUAUCAAGUAAAGUGAUUCAACCGGAAAAUUCAUCUGACACCAAGACGGAAAAUGAAGCCUGUGACUGCUGCCAUAUGGGUGGCGGCCAUGUUGGUGGGAGUUCAGCAGAGCGCUUCAUCCAUCAAUAUCAUCGUAGACCGCUCAUCCAGAAACCUCUCCUCUGUCCCAACGGACCUGCCGCAGACGGUUGAGUUUUUAGAUCUCUCACGCAACCACAUACGACAGCUUAACAAAGGAGACUUUAAAGACAUCACUCUCCUGAGGUUCCUCAACAUGUCAUGGAAUAGUUUGGAAGAGAUCAAUCCUGAGACAUUCCUGGACACGCCACUCCUGGAGGAGCUAGACCUGUCUCACAACAAGCUGAAGAACCUCUCGAGUCAGCUGUACCUGCUCCAUACAGGGAACCUUCGUGGACUAAACCUGGCCCGCAACAAAUUCCUCACAAUGACACUGGGGAGUGAGUUUAGUUCCCUGGUCAAACUGGAGAGAUUGGCACUUGGAGCAGAAAACAUCAGUGUGGGUGAUUUAAAAAAUAUUGCUAAAGUGAAACUAGAUACACUGUCCCUCUUCCUGGAAGAUGAACUUGUUUAUGAAGAAGGCAGUCUGAAGGACGGUUAUGCUCAAAAGCUGCAGAUAGCCUUCAUUGAUAAUCAAAUAAACCACUAUUUGGUUGCUGAUGCACUGUCACUCUUUGAUGAGGUGGAGUUGAUGAAUUUGACAGGUGGAUACAAGGACCUUGCUACACAGUUGAGUGAGAGAAAAAAAAUCCAUACAUCUCAUCUUUACCUUACCAACAUAGUGAUCAAUUGGCUAGACUUAACUCACUAUGUGAACGUGGUUAUGAGUACCACUAUUACCCAUCUGACUGCCUCUGAUGUGGCUAUGAAGAAUUUGCCUCGUGAAGACUCUAAUGUGACCGAAACAUCGAAAAUGAAAUCCUUCACAGCCAGACGGGCUGUGGUGAUGUCUUUCUUCUUUUCACAGAAGGCUGUGUACAACUUCUUUAUCAACAUGCCAGUGGAGAGUUUGGCAAUCGUGGAGACAGCCAUCAUACACAUGACAUGCCCAAACACACAGAGUCCUAUCCUCCAGCUGAACUUUUCCUAUUGCGCUAUGUCGGACACCAUCUUCUCCAGUGCGAAAAGUCCAGAAACUCUUGAAUGUAAGAAUCUGGGCAACUUGAGGAAACUGAUUCUAGUAGCCAACAAUCUCAAGAGCCUUCAGUUGCUGAGCAAACGUGUACAAUACAUGUCGUCUCUGCAACAUCUGGACCUUAGCCUCAACUCAUUGGUUUAUGACGGUCUGUCAGAAUGUGUAUGGCCGUCAAACAUCACCAAUAUGACUCUGUCCUCUAAUGGUCUGACAGACUCUGUUUUUAAAUGUCUACCAAAAGGAACAGAGAACCUGGACCUCCAAAACAACCAGGUUUCUGUGGUGCCAUCAUCCAUCUUCAAACUGGACAAACUUUUGUCUCUGAACCUAAAUGCUAAUAGGCUGCGGGACCUGCCCGUAUGUAAUGGUUUUCCCAUACUCAGUCUGCUUUUACUCAAGUCAAAUUCCCUCCACGCCCCAACUGUAAGCAAGCUGGAAAGCUGCCCCAAACUGAAAGUCCUGGAUGUCAGUUACAAUCCCUUCACCUGCACCUGCGCUCUAAGGUAUUUCAGAAGUCUAGGUAUCACGUCUGAAAAGAAGAAAAGUAACACAGGAGUUGAACUGCUGAACUGGCCACAUGACUAUUACUGCAGCUACCCAGAGGCUGUUAGAGACGCCACCUUAAAAUACGUCCUGAUCCCAGAGGUCACCUGCAAUGUUGGCCUUCUAGCUGCCACCAUUUUGUGCCCAGCAGUGUUAGUGAUCAUUGUAGUUAUGACCUUGUGCAACCGUUGGGAUGUUCCAUGGUACAUGAGAAUGAUCUGGCGGUGGACCAGACAUCGUGCUAGAAGGCAAGCUCGACCUGAAGAUCUGGUGGGUGUUGAGUUUCACGCUUUCGUGUCUUACAGCCAGCGUGAUGCCGACUGGGUUCAAAAUUCCCUCCUUCCCAACCUUCAAGGCCCUGCAGGAGGGCUACGCAUCUGCCAUCAUGAAAAGAACUUUGUACCGGGAAAGACAAUUAUUGAGAACAUCAUCAGCUGUGUGGAGAAAAGCCGUCGAUCUGUAUUUGUGCUCUCUGCUCACUUUGUCAAGAGUGAGUGGUGCCAUUAUGAGCUGUACUUUGCCAGCCACCAACACCUCGCCCGUGGCUCAGACAGCAUUGUGUUGGUACUGCUUGAACCUCUGCCUCAAUACCUCAUUCCAUCCAAAUACUACCAGCUGAAGUCCAUGAUGGAGAGGUACACCUACUUGGAGUGGCCUCAAGACAGGGCCAAGCACAGGCUGUUCUGGGCGAAUCUCAGAGCUGCCCUACAGGCAGAUCUGCCAAAUGCACCAGUUGAAGAACUAGAGGAGUGACUGUGGAGGGCAGACUUAAAGCGGAAGAAGUUGGAAGAGGAAGUGGAAAUGGGACGGAGGGGAGAGUUAGUGAGAGGGAACAUCCUAGGAGUAAAAACAUUUAAGUGCUCUGGAGAGACUGAGCAAAAAAGUAGUGUGUACAUAUUCUAGUCUUCUUUCUUUAACACAUGAGCUAAAGCAUCUCAUUUUUAAUC